AUGGGCUUAAAGCAUGCCUUUUGGGUUGCCUUUGCAGCUUCCGCCGUUCAGGCUCAGACGCAAUCACUUUGGGGGCAAUGUGGUGGCGUCGGAUAUACUGGAGCAACCCAGUGUGCUAACGGUAGCGCUUGCACUAGCCUGAAUGCAUAUUAUGCGCAGUGCGUUCCUGCGUCUUCGACUACAACCACGCGAACCACGACCCCAGCGACAACCCCGUCGACAACCCCAGCAACAACAAUCAGGACUACGACGCCGUCAACAACUCCAAUCACUACCACAUCUUCAAUUCGGACCACCACUAGUUCUUCUUUUAUUACGACUACAAGUUCAAGAACUACUACUAGUUCAUCUCGAAGUACCACUGCGACUACCCUGCCGACUGGAACAAUUACGGAUUGUCUUACAUCUAACAAUGUCCCACAAUACCUUCCUGGCUCAAGUAACUUCAAUUUUGAAGCUAAGGGCUUCAAUCUACGAAUCCCAUUUACUCCUGUGGCAGUAGCAAUGCCAUCAACUGUCCCACAAGUGCAAGCUGCUGUCAACUGCGGUGCUAGGUACAGGCUAAAGAUUUCUGCCAAGGCUGGCGGGCACAGCUAUGCCAACCAUGGAAUCGGUGGUGAAGAUGGUCAUUUGAUGAUUAACCUCAAGUAUAUCAAUAGCGUAGUAUUGGAUACGGCUACCAAUAUUGCGACUGUUGGUCCCGGUGCUCGGCUUGGGAAUGUUGCUUUGGGGCUUUAUAAUCAGGGGAAACGUGCUAUUAGCCAUGGAACCUGUCCUGGUGUCGGUGUUGGGGGCCAUGUACUACACGGAGGAUACGGUUACAGCUCUCACACCCGGGGUCUCGCCUUAGACUGGCUGAUUGAAGCCCAGGUCGUUCUUGCCGAUGGAUCGCUUGUCACAACCUCAUCAACCCAAAAUCCAGAUCUAUUCUGGGCUAUCAAAGGCGCUGGAGGGUCCUUCGGCAUCGUGGUAUCCAUGAAAUUUAACACCUUUCCCGCCCCAGAGAGCAAUAUUGUCUACAGCUAUUCAUUUAGUUGGACUCAGGCGCAAGGUCGGGCUAGUCUUGAGGCUUUACAAGCCUAUGCGAACUCGACCCAGUUCCCCCGAGAGCUUAACCUUCGUUUCUGGGUUGGUGUAUUCAACACUCAAAUCCUGGGAGUCUACUACGGUUCUAGAGCCGACUUCGAUACUGCCAUCGCGCCAUUGCUAUCAAAGUUAGGAAAUCCAUCGUCUAGCAGCAUCUCUGUCAUGAACUGGCUUGAUACUUUGAACAAUUAUGCGUACGCUACUAUGAGCCCUCCCCUCGAUUACGACGUUCACGAAACAUUCUUUGCGAAGAGUUUGAUGACCACCCAACUGUCUCCUGCCGCCCUGGACGCCUUCGUCUCUUACUGGUUUACCGCCAGCAAACCUAGCAGGUCAUGGUAUAUGAUGAUCGACAUCCACGGCGGCCCCACUUCUGCUAUAAGUAAUAUAACUGGGGAAGCUGGCGGUUCUUACGCCCAUCGCGCCGCAGUCUUCAAAUACCAAUUCUACGACAGCGUAUUCGGCGGCGGCACCUACCCUUCUAACGGAUUCGACUUUUUAAACGGGUGGGUAAACUCGGUUACAUCUGUUUCUCCGGCCAAUACCUGGAGUAUGUACAUCAACUACGCCGAUACGUCGCUUUCGGUGAAUGAUUACGGAAACUUUUAUUGGAGGGCAAAUUAUCCGAGGCUGAGGUCUAUAAAGACAACGUAUGAUCCAAAUGAUGUUUUCCAUAAUCCACAGGUUGUACAGCCGGUUUAA